AGCAACUUGAACGUGAUAUUAUGAUUUUUCUCUCUGGCAAUAAAGUUUUUACCUUAAACAAUACAACACAGCUAGUUUAUAUUGUUGACGCACAAUAGCGCUUCUUCUUUCUUUCUUUCAGAAUAACCUAUAAUUCUGUCGCAUUGUUGUUAAAAGUUAUGGAACUAAGCAUUAGUCACAUUUUCGUCCUAUCUGUCAUUGUCACACCUGUCCAAUUCCUUCGUUUUAUAAUUCCUUUUUCUAUUUAGUGACCAUUGAUACAGGUCGUUUUGUGUGUAUCGAAAUAGUUUGCUCACGUGCAUUUAUUUCAUGGUUGUUUACUAAAUAAUAGUAAUAAGUAGUACAGUUACAAAGAACUCUUUAAAAAUGAUGAGUGACGACGAUCGUGAUAUUGAUAUCGAAAGUGAUGCUGAGAAUGAUUCGGAUUCGCGAACACACGCUAGGAAUAGCGCUGGCGGCAGCGGUUACUACUCGCAGGCAGAAAAAAGAGCACACCACAAUGCACUGGAAAGGAGAAGAAGAGACCACAUAAAGGAUAGUUUCACAUCUCUGAGAGAAGCCGUACCAGCUCUCCAGAAUGAGAAAGUGGUAUGUUCAAAAAUUGCCAGUCGAGCUCAGAUAUUAAAAAAAGCAGCAGAGUACAUACAAUUUAUGAGAAGAAAAAACAAUUCACACCAACAAGAUAUAGAGGACUUAAAAAGACAGAACAACAUUCUGGAAACACAAAUACGAGCAUUAGAAAAGGUUCGGCAGUCUGGCAACUAUUCCGAUGCACACGAAUUAGGUCUAGGUGUAAAAUCAGAAGGGGAUUCACACGACACGGACAGUUCUGAUGGGGAGGCAACAACGAGACGUGUCAAAAAGCUUAAAAUUAACGGAGUCAUGUCUAGUAACUAAGAAGGUUGUGAGAUGAAUUCCUCUUAGCCAAUGAUGACAGUUUCCACAAAUUAAAUAAAUAAAUGUAAACCAAAAUAAAAUUACUUUUCCGAUAUGAUAAUAAUACAUAUAUUUUUGAUACAGAUAAAAUGAAGUUAAGUAAAUUUAAUGUUUAGCGUAAAAGUCGAGAUUCGUGGACAUAGUUUAGCAUGCAUUUUGGCAGUUCUCUCUGACAAUUAUACCAACAUAACCAUAGUGUGUGCUAAGCAAUUUUUAUUCGUCUCUGACUAUGUGUUUUGUCGUUAAAAUAACAGUAGUUUAAUGUAUACAGCCUAGUACUAAACUGAGAUGUUUGAAACUUUUUGUAUUGUAUAUAAAUAUUGUCACUGUAAAUACUAGGGAGUAAUAUUUUGGAUUAAAUAUCAUUUUGAAUAGCAACACAUAAUUAUGUGUAUUUGACAGUUUUUUUUUUGAGAUAAAAUAAUGGUUCUUAUGAAUCCCGUAUUGAGGACAAGAAUUUCUACUUUUAUGGUUACAUGCACUUUAAGAUUUUUAUUUAAAAAUCAUUUUGAUGUUUACGUGUUGUUUAUAUCUAUCUGUUAAUAACGAUUAUUGCUGAGAAUGAUUCAUCUUCCACCCUUAUUAUAAGUACUUGGUAACAAUAAGCUGUAAUUUAACUUUACAUUGAAUUUUCUUAUUGAUCUGUUUAUUAAUUAAUUUUAAUGAAAGAUUUAAUUUUAAGCAUGAUGCUAAACAUUUUUAAUAAUUGCGUUGUUAAUUUGUGUUGAAAUGUUUCAAUCCUGAUAUGAUAGGUUAAUUUAAUAAUUGAGCGCCUUAAUAAAAUUGUUUUUUAAUAUGGCAAGUAAUUGAUUUUUUAAAUGGUAAUAUUGCUGGAUGCAAUUUUAAUGAUAAAGUACGUAUAUUUUUGUUGUAUUUUUGUCUAUGUUUGUCUAGGAGUUGAGCUACAUGUAUCUUUUUAUUGAGUGAAAUGCAGGCAUCCUUACUCUUGAAUUUAAAAAUGAUAAUUGGAUUUAUAAACCUGGUAGAUUUGAGGAAGUUUGAUAUAUCCCAAUUUAAUGUUUUUUUUUUGUAAUAUCGAAUGCGCUAGUUCCUCAAGCAAGUAUAAUGUUUUGCCUAUGUAUUAUUAUAAUUAUAGAUAAGUGAAUUAAAUAGACCCUCAAUUUGAAAUGAAAUAAAUGACAAUAGAUGAUUUGACACUAGUACCUAAGUAAUUAAUUAUGUUCUGUUUUACCAAAUUUGUAAUUCGAAAAUGUUCAAUUGAUUAAAAGGAAUGAUUAUAAGUACAUUUGUAUCUUUAUCUUAAAUGAUUGUAAGAUAAUUCAAUUUGAAGUAAUAAUAAUUUUAAGUUUUAGUCUUCUUGAACAAUAAAAUCGAAUAAGGGUCACUGCACAAAAUGUUGUACACUAAAACAAAAAAAAAAAAAAAAACUCACUAGGCCACUUUUAACUUCUGCCUUUAAUAAAAAAAAGUGCAAUAUUUUGUGUGUGUAGCGGAUUAUCGUUUACGAUAAUAUUAUUUUUGUAUUUCGUCAUCGCAAAUAAUUUAGUAAUAAAUAGUUUUAAGUAGGUAGGUGUGAAUGUGUUUGUUCUAGAAGACUAAAUUAUAGUUUUAACGAAAAUAUACAUAAAUACUCUCGUUAAAA